AUGGUAGCAAACACCGAUUAUACAUUAUGUGAGGCCAAGAGAAACAUGAUAAUGCGUCACACAGCCUCUCCUGGCAUCCUAAUUGCUGGAGUCGACGAAGAGGCAAAGAGGCAGGACGAAGUGGAAGGAAGCAGUGGAGUGAAGAAGAAGGGCGUCAACGUUGAAAGGUUGAAGAAACGCCGAUGCAAGGAUAGCGAUGCAAGAAAACGAUCAGGACGAGGAUGUGCAGAAGAGGAAGGAGUAUGCUCGGUGAAAGAAAGUUGA